AUGGGAGGGGUAUUUCUAUCAAAGCCCUGCACAUUGGUCCCAAUAAAAGAAAAGUUUGAGCAAGAAAAAAAAAUUUACGAGGGCGCUUUGCUCACAUUCAAGGGUGUGGAUGGUUUCGAUGUGUACAACCCCUCUGUUCCUUUUCAGUACAAAGGAAAGAACUAUAUUUUUGGACGUGUAGAAAAGUUUGACGAAUGGGCUCAGUCAACUGUUAUAUUAUUUGAAGAGACAAGACCUGAUGAAUACACACGGGUGUUGAAUUCAAUAACUUGGAAUCUAGAGGAUCCAUUUGUUGUGAAAAUUCAUGGAGAGAUGAUCUUUGGUGGGACUCACAUUACUAAAAGCGCUGGAAAAAUACUUAACUACUGGUGUGAUUUUUAUCGCGGUACACCUGAAAAUUUGAAAUAUUUUGCUUCAGGGCCCAUCGGAAUGAAAGAUGUUAGGUUAAUUGAACUUCCCAAGAAAAAAGUUGGUGUUUUUUCACAUUUUCGUCCUGAGGGUGCUUGCCUAACUGGGUUAGCAAUCAUUGAUAACAUAUCAGUACUUUCCCCUGAGGUUGUCAACUCUGCACGCUAUAUUCAACAUCAGGCUUUUGGGGAUGCUUGGGGAGGCCCGAACCAGGUGUAUUUACUCUCUUCAGGCAAUCUGGGCUGUAUCUCGCACCACGGUUAUCUGCAGGACCAGGAAGAGGGGGAUCAGCUUCGUGUUUAUUGCUGUACAUCAUUUGUUUUGGACCCCGAUACGCUUGAAGUGCAUGAUUUUAAGAUUAUCGCAACCCAUGAUUGCUUUCCACCAUGUAUCCCAAAGCUUCCUCGUCUUGCGGAUUGCGCGUUUGUAUCGGGAAUCACGAUGCGGAAGGAUGGAAAAUGUAAUUUAUACAGUGGCAUUGGCGAUUCUCAUACAGGCCGGGUAGUGAUUGAUUACCCCUUUGAAGGCUACGGUGAAAUUGCCAGUGAUUUGAAUUUUUAA